AUGUCACGAAUUGAGGAGCUCCCAGAUGACUUCGAUGAGUCGCUCAAUCUCAAUGAGGUGCCUAGUGAGGUGCCUCCUGUGGCACCCCAGGACCAGCUGCACUCUGGAUUCGACGUGUUCGCUGCCUCCAACGAGACACCGUUCCCCAUCAACGAGGAGCGUUUGAAAGCAGCCAAAACCGAUCCCUCUGCUCCUGAUAUGCCGCCAGCCAUGGCGUCGGUCAAAUCGCAUUCAGCCGAAGAGCUGUUGGAUAUGAUGAAUAAGACUCCGCUGUUCAUGACCGAUAUCGACAAAGCAGGUGACGAGAAUGGCGAGAACCCUAUGCUCGAUGCGCUUACUGCUCUCCAGAACGAGGGUACCCGAGGCGAGGUUGCACAGAGCUUCAAGGAGCAAGGCAAUGAGGCUGUUCAAGAGAAACGGUGGAUUGACGCCAAGGAGAUGUACACCAAGGCCCUUGCGGUCAUUGCUGUCAAGGAAGACAAAUGGGAAAAGCCCGAAGAUCUUGCGGCGGAGAAGAAAUUGCUACUUCAGAUGGAGGAGCUGUCGCAUAUCAACCGGGCUUUGUGCAAUCUUGAACUAGGAAACUACCGAGCUUGCACCCUCGACUGCGCCGCUACUAUCAAGCUGAACCCCAGAAACGUUAAGGCUUAUUACCGCUCCUCCAUGGCCUUGUUGAAAUUGGAGAAGCUCGACGAAGCUGAGGAUUCCGCAAAGAGAGGAUUGGUUGUCGACUCCGAAAACAAGUCAUUGCAGACUGCUGCCUCCAAGAUUGCUGAGCGCAAGGCCGCGGUGGCGCGUGUCGCCGCCCGAAAGAAGGCCGAGGCAGAACUUCUCCGCAAACAGAACCUGGUUCUUAGCACCGCUCUUCGUGCUCGUGAGAUUAGAACCCGCAAGACCGACCAGCCGCCCGAGAUGGAAGAUGCAAAGAUUCGACUGGUCCCUGACCCACUCUCGCCGGAAAGCUCCGUUGAGUUUCCUGCCGUUUUCCUCUAUCCCAUGGACGCCCAGUCGGACUUUAUCAAGAGUUUCUCGGAGUUGCACUGCAUUGCGGAUCAUUUGGACUACAUGUUCCCUCUGCCGUGGGACACUAAGAAGGAAUACACCAUUCCGAAUGUCGAGUGCUUCAUGCAGACCGUCUCCGGUGGUCUGAUCAAGGCAGGCAAGAAGCUGCCCUUGUUGCAGAUUUUGACUGGUGGAAAGGUCGAGGUUGUGGAUGAGAUGGUUCGCAUCUUCAUCGUGCCCAGUGGCAAGACUGGAGCUUUCAUUGCGGAAAUGAAGGCUCGGAAAACCGGUUGA